CCUGUAUGGCUCUGCUCUCCGGACCCGGGGACAUCCCUAUGCCGCCCAGCUUCGCAGGCCCAUUUUCGCAGCAGCUCCAGUCCUCCCGGGUCUCCACGCAACAAUGAAGCGUGGGCGGCCCCAGCGGCUUCAUUUGCAUAUCUCCGCGGCUUGGCCAAUGGGCUGCGCUGGGGCUUUGGAACGCAGUGUUGCCAUCGGCGUGCGCGCGUGUGUGCGCGUGUGACAGCGGCUGUGGCCGUGGCCGUGGCCGUGGGAGGCCGGCCCGGCGGAGCCCAGCCGCACGGGGACCGGCCCCGGCGCCCGCUCCCCCUGCGCAUCGCGGCCGAGUAACCCGGCCGAGUCCAGGGACCAGCAGCCCCGGCCGCCGCGCCGUCGCGAUGUCUGUGGCGGGGCUGAAAAAGCAGUUCCACAAAGCCAGCCAGCUGUUUAGUGAAAAAAUAAGUGGUGUUGAAGGAACAAAACUAGAUGACGAAUUUCUUGACAUGGAAAGGAAAAUAGACAUUACCAAUAAAGCUGUUGCAGAAAUUCUUUCAAAAGCCACAGAAUAUCUUCAGCCAAAUCCAGCAUACAGAGCUAAGCUAGGAAUGCUGAACACUGUGUCGAAGAUCCGAGGCCAGGUGAAAACCACUGGGUACCCGCAGACGGAGGGCCUGCUGGGUGACUGCAUGCUGAAAUACGGCAAGGAGCUCGGGGAAGGCUCCACUUUUGGCAGUGCAUUGAUAGAAGUUGGUGAAUCCAUGAAGCUAAUGGCUGAGGUGAAAGACUCUCUUGAUAUUAAUGUAAAGCAAACUUUUAUUGAUCCACUUCAGUUACUACAAGACAAAGAUUUAAAAGAGAUUGGGCACCACCUGAAAAAGCUGGAAGGCCGCCGCCUGGAUUACGAUUAUAAAAAGAAGCGAGUAGGUAGAACAAGUCAGCCAGCUGGCCGUGUUUGUCGAGGCCGCUUUAGAUUAUCACAGACAGUCCACAGAGAUUCUGCAGGAGCUGCAGAGCAAGCUACAGAUGAGGAUAUCAGCUGCAUCCAAUGUCCCCAAGCGAGAAUACAAGCCACGGCCCAUAAAAAGGAGUCCCAGCGAGCUCAAUGGGGUGUCCACCGCCUCCUCGGCAAAGACAACAGUUUCAGAGUCUGGGAAGUUCAAGAUCAAGGUGCCGGCAGACUCGUUGUCGGCCUACAGCAGACUGCAAGGAGCAGAUUAGAAAGGCCUGGGGGACUGCUCCGGGAAGGUCCACUGUCGGCAGGAAAAAGUGACAGGUCGCAGCCUGAUGACAAGAGAGGCAAGAGAAACACUAUAAAGAGCAGGAACAAAAUCUCUAAAAGGCACAGCAGUUUGGGGCAUUUACUAAAAGACAAAGAGCUCUCCUCAGGUUCUAACGUUCCCAUGGACCAGCCCUGCUGUCGUGGUCUCUAUGACUUUGAGCCUGAAAACCAAGGAGAACUAGGAUUUAAAGAAGGGGACAUCAUUACAUUAACCAAUCAAAUAGAUGAAAACUGGUAUGAAGGAAUUCUGCAUGGGGAAUCUGGCUUCUUCCCCAUUAACUAUGUGGAAGUGAUUGUGCCUUUACCUCAGUAAAUGUGUUAACUCAGACUCUCUCGGACAUAAGUUUCAUAACCGAAAUGAAUUCACACCAGUGUUCUCAGCGUGGUUGUUCUGUGGCAUUCUUGCUCUUUGACCAAGUUAAUGACUUUUGUAUGUGUGGUUCUCUUUAUAAUGUAUUUUGUAUCAGUUUAAUUUGUAUAAAUGAUUUUCUUGUCUUGGCUCCAUGGAAAUACAGUUUUCUUCUUUUGCUGAUUGUCUUAAAAGUCACUGGUUAAAUAAAUGUAUGUGCUUCUUGUUGCUAAAAAUAAACAGCACCCAUAAGCUCUGUCAGGGACUGGCCCGUCUUCCUCAAGCUGUGAUGGAAGCCAACACUUGAAGCUAAGAACUGCUAAAUAUUUUGUUUCCUGACAUGACUGAUGGCCUCCGGUCUUUCCCCUUCAUGUGUUUUAGCUGACCUGUGAACCACCCAAUAAACAUGACACACUGUUGGCAAAA